CUGAAGAAAGCCGCCCUAUCGGAUGUGCGUGCAAUGUUAUGUCAAUGUUUUCUCUUAGCCGAUGUCGAUGAUCGGCGCUUGUGCCGUACAGCAUCCGCGCAAUUCGGAGGCGCGCUGCCAGUCGAUCGCUGUGCAACUCCGCCCCCGCUUCUCAAUCGUCGCGCGCCGCGGGCACAUCGCCACCGUCGACGACCCCCUAAGCUCUCUCAACGCCAGCCAUCUUUCAUAUCCGAAUGAGAGGGUACCACAUACGCAUCGCACUGCAGAAGGAAACCGUGUUUCCGUCCCAGUUUAUCCCAAACUCUCUGUUUCAGCAGCUGCCGUCCCACCCUCCCAAGUCAACUGCGCGUAGAAACGCCACUUUCAACCCGAAGCACAGGGACUAUAGGUGUGGACCAGUCCGCAUCGACUGGACAGACUUCGACAACAUGAAACCUGUCGCAACGACGGCCGCUAGCAAGGUCAAGAACGCGACGAAGACAGGGGGUCCUGCCAGAGCAAGUUUCGUAGAAACUGCACGAACCAAGGCGGGUUCCACCAACUUGCCCGAGGGGAUCGUCCACAUAUACCGGGAUGCGGUCGAAGGACCGCACAAUGGACAGUCCUCAACCGACACGAGUCCAAAUGUAAACCAGUCCAUCUCAGAGGGCGGUGUGAUGCUCGCCGUCCUGGCUGUACCAUCUUGGAUGACGCCUUCCGAUUUCUUGGAGUUUGUGGAACCUGCAGCAGACUCUCUGGUGUACCUUAGGAUCAUACAUGACUUCGCCCCCAAUCGCGCGAUGGCCGUCAUGAGGUUUCGAGAACCUGCACAUGCAGCCGACUUUAUAGAAGCGUACAAUGGCAAACCUUUCAACUCAAUAGCUCCUGAAACUUGCCAUGUCGUGCGCGUGCUAUCAGUCGAGAUCGAUACCGAGGAUAUAUUAUCGACUGCGGCGUCACGAUUGGGCAGCACAAUCCCUCAUACCUUUGAGCUACCGACAUGUCCAGUCUGCCUCGAGCGCAUGGAUGCAGCCGUGACUGGCUUGAUUUCGGUUCCCUGUUCUCAUGCUUUCCACUGCACAUGCUUGAGAAAGUGGGGCGAUAGUCGCUGUCCAGUAUGUCGAUACUCCCAGAACUUGAUGACAUCCCAUCCUAGCACGUCCAGUUCAAGUUCACGCCCCAUACCAUUUUCCAACCCUUCGUCGACAUCCUUAUCGACAUGCGCUGACUGCGCAUCAACUACGAACCUGUGGAUAUGUCUCAUAUGUGGAAACAUCGGCUGCGGCCGAUAUGGGCGGGCUCACGCCCAUGCUCACUACCAGCAGACAACCCAUCUGUAUGCCCUUGAACUUGAAACACAGCGUGUAUGGGAUUAUGCAGGGGACGGCUACGUGCACCGGCUCAUUCAAAACCGGGCCGACGGCAAAAUUGUCGAACUGCCUUCCGCAGCGUCUUCUAUGGGUGCUUUGCCCCGCGAUGACGGCACACUCGGGCCCAGCCACGCUGACUCCCUCAGCGCAGAGAAGAUCGAAGCUAUUGGAAUCGAAUAUUCCUACCUCUUGACUUCGCAGCUGGACUCACAACGUCAAUACUACGAGGAGCAGACUUCACAUCUGAACAUGCAACUUGAAGAGCUCCAGGUGUCCGUGGCUCGCCUCUCCACAGAGAUGGAGAGGGAACGAGUAGACUACAAACAACGGGAAGAGCUCAAGCGCCGCGAACAUGAGGAGAAAAUCGAUGGGUUGAUCAGGGAUAAGCUUAAGGCUGAAAGGAAAGCCGAAAAAGCGACUGAGCUGGCGCGUAGGUUCGAAAAGGAGCUCAAGGAGGAGAGGGCCGUGAGCGAGGGUUUGAUGAAGAAUGUGGGCAAGCUCAAGGAGCGGACGGAACAGCUGGACAAGCAGAGGCAGGAGAGCGAAGCGACCAUCGCCGAACUGAAGGAUCAAGUUCGGGAUGUGAUGUUCUUCUUGGAGGCAAACUCCAAGAUUGAGCAAGGGGGAGGUGCAGAAGCAGAAGCUGCAGGAGGAUCAGUCGAGCUACCACAGCCUACGCCAGGUACACCGAGUAAAAAGAAAAAGGCGAAGAAACGAUAGGAUUUUCAAGGUAAUGGCUGUCAAGUUGGGAGAGGGAGACCAAAGGGAGACUGUAUUUUUUAAAGUCCUUGUACAAUAAUAUUUGGAUGUUGUACCUUCUAUUGAAGUCCAU